CGGACCUCAGGCACCAGCACUUCCGGUAUGCAGCCGCGCGGCCUGCCGGUGGUUCCUACGCGGGGAGCGCGAGAGGACCGGGUGACGUUACGGAAAGCGGCGGGACAGGGCAUGUGCUGGGCAUGCGCAGCAGGCAGACCUCGCCUCCCCGGCCCCUGCGGGCGGUAAGGGACCUCCCCUUGCGGGCGGGACUUCUAGCUUCGCGGCGGAGCACAGGGUCUCGCGGCCUUCCGGGCAGCGGGCAGGAAACUGGAAGGGGUUCCUGAGCCCGCGAAUCUGCAGGGGAAGUAGAAGGACGUCUGUGUGUGCAAGGGAGACCUCUGCCUCAUUUACUAAAUCCCUGUACUGUGCCCAGGAAAGGGCGUGGGGGUUGAGGUGAGCCUGUCGUCCGAGGGCCAGUGACUGUCCACCAGUAGGGGGAGGCGGGGCCUGCAGAAGUUGCAAGACAAGCCUCUUGCAGUUCCAGCCAAUUUAACUUAUUUACUUUGUGUCUCAACAUGAGAUGUUUGGUAGUCCACAUUCUAGUGUGUAUCGUUUAAUCAGACCGCUAUUCUUACAACUAUUCUUGGCCGGAAGAGAAAGAGGAGUUGGCAAUGAAAAGAGUACAUGUGGAACCUACUCUGUCUCAGAGGACAGUUUUAGGUGAAAUGCUCUGAAUUUUGCCAGAGAGUGCUCUGCUUCUUUUCGGCCCCGACCUCCUUCAGGUGUGAAUCAGAGAAGGUAAAUUACAACAGGAAAAUUUAGGAGGGAAGCCAGAGAGAGUGUAAAUAUAACCUUAAGGCCAGAGAGACAGUUGAAUUUGGAACUAAGAGAGACUAAGUCACCAAAAAAUCAGGGUGCCAUUGGUGAUGCCGUUUUAUCUGGGCUGGGUUAGCAUUCCAAAGCAGAGGGAGGGGAAGUGACCUCUGGAAGAUGCUGUAAGACUUAAGGGAAGGCUAUUGUCAGGUUUCCUGGUAUGUCACUGGCUGGUGCUAAUAAUCCCCUGCUACUGCUUUGUUUUUAGGCCCUUCUUCAAGUGUCUGGAGCUCAGAGAUGCAGCCCAGGGGAGGGAACUGUGACUAGUUAAGGAGGCCAUGCUUACUGUUGCUUCCAGAGUCCAUGUCAACACUGAGUCUUCAGCUGCUGGUGGCAGCUGCUCAGCAGACCCUGGGCAUGGGGAGGAGCCGGGGCCCACCCCGAGCCGUGUGCCUUCAUCUAGCCGGAGAGGUGCUGGCUGUGGCCAGGGGACUUAAGCCAGCUCUGCUCUAUGAUUGCAACUGUGCAGGGGCAGCAGAGCUCCAGAGCUAUCUGGAGCAGCUGCAGGGCCUGGGCUUCCCGACCCGGGGGCUUCACAUUCUUGAGAUUGGAGAAGACAGCCUGAUUGUCUGUCCUGAGCGUGUGUGUCAGCACUUGGAGCAGGUGCUGCUUGGUUCCGUAGCCUUUGUGGAUGUUUCCAGCGCUCAGCCUCACCCUUCCGUCUGCUCCCUGGACCAGCUUCAGGACUUGAAGGCCCUCCUGGCUGAGAUCAUCGCUCAUUUGCAGGGACUGAAGACGGACCUGUCCCUGGCAGUCUCCAGCAGCAGGCUCUGUUCCUCAGACUGGAAUCUCUGUACUGUGUUUGGGAUCCUCCUGGGCUAUCCUGUCCCCUAUACCUUUCACGUGAGCCAGGGAGGUGACAAUUGCUUAGCCCUGACUCCACUACGGGUAUUCACUGCCCGGAUCUCUUGGCGACACAGUCAACCACCAGUCUUGCUCUAUUCCUUUAGCGUCCCAGAGAGCUUGUUCCCGGCCCUGAGGGACAUUCUAAAUACUUGGGAGAAGGACCUUAGAACUCGAUGUAGGACUCAGAAUGACUUUGCUGACCUCAGCAUCUCCUCCGAGGUGGUCACCCUGCCUGCUGUGGCCCUCUGACUGUAACUCUUUCCUCGCAUAGAAGGUGCUCGCGUUUCUCCUGUUCCUGGAGCUGUAAGGAUUGACUCUGAAGAAGACCUGUCGGGAAACACAAGGAGCUUGCCUGUGCUGGCGUGCCGACUGUGAAGAGUGUCUUUUCAGAACUCUGCUUGAAAGCGUACUUCUUAACCGUGUCCCCACCUCUAGUUGGCUGAAUUGUCACCCCCCUUCCCCGAUUCACAUGUUGUCGUCCUAACCCCAGGCCUUCAAAACGUGACCCUGUUUGGAGAUGGGUCCUCCCCGGAGAAGGUGGACUGGGGCAUUAGGAUGGGCCCUAACCUGACACGACUGGCAUCCUCAGAGAAGGGAGAGUUUGGGCGCAGAGGUGGCUAGCUGGAAGAUGCGAAGAGGGGAGAAGACAGCCGUCCGCAGGGGACGUGGCCCAGAACGGACCCUUCCCCUGGAGCCCUCGGGAGGAAGCGCCCCCACACCGCCGGCCCUGGAUCUGGGACUUCUCGCCUCCAGAACCAUGAGAAAAUAAAUGCUUGUUCUUUAAGUCA